AGUUUACUUUGAAUUAAGAAAAGAAACCAAUUGAAGGUGUGGUUGGUUUAGGAAUAGGAAUAGGAUCAUCAUCAUCAUCAGAAGAAGAAGAAUGGGGAACACGUUCUGCUUGUUUUGUGGAUGUGUGGCUCAAUCGAGCGUUGGCGUAAUCGAACAGUGGGGUCGCUUUAACCGUCUCGCCCAACCUGGUUUCCACUUCUUCAACCCCCUCGCCGGCGAAUGCCUCGCCGGAAUCCUCUCCACCAGGAUCUCCUCCCUCGACGUCCGCAUCGAAACCAAAACCAAGGACAAUGUCUUUGUGCAGUUGCUGUGUUCGAUUCAAUACCGAGUCAUUAAGGAAAACGCUGAUGAUGCUUUCUAUGAGUUGCAAAACCCUCAGGAACAGAUCCAGGCUUAUGUUUUUGAUGUAACACGUGCUAUUGUUCCGAGAAUGAACCUGGAUGAGCUCUUUGAGCAAAAGGGUGAGGUUGCCAAAGCUGUUUUGGAGGAACUUGAAAAGGUGAUGAGUGAAUAUGGAUAUACCAUAGAGCAUAUUCUCAUGGUUGAUAUUAUACCCGACCCUUCUGUUCGAAGGGCAAUGAAUGAGAUCAAUGCAGCUCAAAGGAUGCAAAUUGCUAGUGAAUUCAAAGGAGAAGCUGAAAAGGUGCUUCUAGUUAAAAAGGCAGAAGCAGAAGCUGAAGCCAAGUAUUUGGGUGGGGUUGGCGUGGCAAGGCAGCGGCAAGCUAUCACAGAUGGCUUGAGAGAGAACAUCUUGAAUUUCUCCCACAAGGUAGAAGGCACUUCCGCUAAGGAGGUGAUGGAUCUUAUCAUGAUUACUCAGUACUUUGACACAAUCAAAGACCUUGGAAACUCAUCUAAGAACACAACAGUUUUUAUACCCCAUGGUCCUGGCCACGUUAGGGAUAUUGGGGAGCAGAUUCGCAAUGGAAUGAUGGAAGCAGCUAGUGCUCAAGUAAAUAUUCAGUGAUGUUUUAACAUUCCCAUAGAAUGUAUACCUCUCUAUUUCUCUCUCGUGUAUGUAACGUUUUUGCUGGAUUUUAGAUUUUCUUUUCAGUCGUAUUAUAUAAUCUUUAUACUGAUGGUAUUUGUUGAAAAAUUCAAAGGAUGAUAUGCAAUAUGCUUCAUAGGAAUUUAAAAUAAAAUAAUAUAAAAUAUAGUUUUUCUGUUUUUCGUGUGUAU